AGACAUUCCCAACCACGUGUAUCAUAACAUUGCAGAAAACGUGUUCAUCUUCUUUGAUUCACUCGGAGAGUAAAAACAAAUGCUAGAAUCGUUAAAACAGUUUAUAUCCAGAUAAACUUGCGUUUUCAGUUGCAUUGUAAUUAACCGGAGAGUUUCUAACAUCUAACACGUGGUUAUUGAUUGUUUUUAAAUCGGAGUGUAUAUGAUUUUGAUGAAAUGGAGAUCGACGUGAGAUUAAUGAGCGAAAGAGAAAAAGAUGAAGAUUCGUUUACCGAAUCUAAGCAUUUAUUAACACCUGGGAAUGUUGUUGUAGAAAAUGGUUUAGGAUUUAUGAGUGGACAUGGAACUUAUGUUAGAGAUGAUAAGUUAUUUGCUUCUGUUGCUGGUAUUGCUGAAAGGGUUAAUAAACUGAUAAGUGUGAAACCUUUAAAGACAAGAUAUAUUGGAGAAGUUGGUGAUGUUAUUAUUGGCAGGAUAAGAGAAGUUCAACAAAAACGUUGGAAAGUAGAAACAAAUUCUAAGUUGGAUUCAAUUCUAUUGUUAUCAUCUGUAAAUCUUCCGGGAGGUGAACUUAGAAGAAAAACUGCAGAUGAUGAAGUGAUGAUGAAACAAUUUUUAACAAAAGGUGACCUCAUAAGUGCUGAAGUGCAAUCCAUAUUUUCGGAUGGUUCUUUAUCUUUGCAUACGCGUAGUUUAAAAUAUGGAAAGUUAAAUCAAGGAACUUUAGUAUGUGUUUGCCCAACACUAGUAAAAAGAAGGAAAACUCAUUUUCACAAUUUGCCAUGUGGAGCUCAUAUUAUCUUAGGUAAUAAUGGUUAUAUAUGGAUUUCUCCAGUCAUCAAUGAAGAUGUAGAGCAUUCAGGUGGAUAUGCACAAUGUUUAGAGCAAAUAUCAAGAAGUGAUCGAGAGACAAUAGCCAGAUUGAGAAAUUCUAUCAUGGCUCUGGCAAACUGGAAGCUGAUGCUAUUCGAUACAAGCAUACAAUAUGCUUUUGAAGAAUCAUUACAAUACCAAAUAAAACAUAUUUUAAAACCAGAAAAUGAAAAAGAUAUUGCAACUAAAGUACAGUUCCGUUUAGAUAAAGAGAUUUCAUUUAUAAACUGAUUCGACAUGACAGUAAACAACAAA